GAGGAAUUUCCUAUGCACGCCAAGGAAUACUUGAAUUGUUUCACAGACAGUCACGUGAUUUUUGUGGUGAAAAAUCAAAACUCGCUCAUCCAAACACUGGAAUAUCUUUGUGAUAAAAAUACCAAAUAAAUCCUGAUAUUUCUUCUGGUAAAAUCAUCGUUUAAUGGAUUUCUGAUAUCAGAUAUGUCGUACUUGGAAUAAAAAGAGGAUUGUGAAGUUAAUAUUUAAAGACAACAAUGGAUCCAUUGAAAGACAAAGCUAAUUAUUCCAGAGUAUGUCAUUUGUUGGUAGAUAAAGGUGGAGAUGUUUUGAGAAAUGCUUUGCAUGCGGUGCAUCCACCUUCCACCUUAGCUUCCGUAUUGAAUGCAAACAAGAAGACCUUACAGAGAAUACGAUACAGUGUAAUUAAAGCCUCGCAAUGGGAGCUACUCUUUCCAAGAUCUGGUUCACCAGAUUCAAAGAACUUUGAUAUUACCCUAUUGACUGUCCUGCUCCGAAAUAUUUGUGGAUUGUCCGCACCAGCCACCGGAUGGAAUGUGAUGCCUCCAGUCAGCGAUACUUCUAUAUCUGCAAAUAUUUUAAGAGUCAAAAUGUUUAGAAAUGAAGUCUAUGGUCAUAUUCCGACUGCUGGUUUGGACGACGUAACGUUUGAAACAUUGUGGCAAGAAAUUUCUGUUCCGUUAGUCAACUUGGGAAUUCCUCAAUAUGCUAUUGAUGAAUUAAAGGUGGCUCCUCUUAGUCCUGAAGAAGAAAGUUAUAUUGAAAGAUUAAAAGAGUGGAAACAACAAGAGGAUGAUUUUAUGUCAAAAUUAAACGAUGUUGAAAGUGAAGUAGUCAAACUUAGAAAGACAGUUGAAAAUGUUCAUCCCUCGCGUGUCGAGCAACUGGCUAAAUUUAACUUUGCUGGAAAGAUUCGUGACCUCUGUACAAAAUUUCAAGAUGACACUAGAAAGUGGUUGUUUGAUAAACUUUCAAAUUGGUUUGGGAGUGAAGAAUCAAGGGUCUUGAUCUUAACUGCCGGUCCAGGUGUUGGAAAAAGUGUUUUGUCUGGAAAGCUUUCCGAGCUUUUUAGAGAACGUGGUCAACUCGCAGCUCACCAUUUCUGUGACUUUCGAAAUUCUGAUUCCAGCAAUCCUCAGAGAAUCCUCCAGUCCCUUGCCAGUCAAAUGUGUGAUACUGUUGAAGGAUUUCGUGAUAAACUAUCAGAGAUUCUUCGUCGUGAACAUUCUCGUGACUCGCUGUCAGACGCAUUUCGUGUUCUUUUGAACGACCCGCUCCAUGCCCUUGACAGACACGAUCCAAUGUUGAUCAUCGUUGAUGCUUUGGACGAGAGCAAAAGUGACAAGAAAAGCGAAUUUUUGGAGUUGAUAUCUGAGAGAUUUUGUGAACUGCCAGAUUGGAUUAAGAUAUUCAUUUCCAGUCGACCAGAGCUACAAGUACGAAAGAUUCUUGAACAUCUUCACCCGUGGGAAAUCCUUCCUGAUGACAAAGAUCACGACCACGACAUGGAGCUUUUCGUUCGUCAUAGUUUACCUAAUCGUGAUGAUUAUAGUAUAAGGUCAGUUAUGUCAAAGUGCGAGGGAUCGUUUUUGUACGCUUAUUACUUGGUCAGUGAAUUGAAAGAAAAGGGCGUGGGAAUUGAACCCGACCUAAGUGAUUACAUCUCCAACGGUAUUUCGGGAUAUUACGAAAAGCAGUUCAAACGUUUAGACAUAGGCCUCCAACAUUUCAAGCAAGAUACCUCAUGUCUCUUAAACAGUUUCAUCAAUGUCGUUGCCGUUUCUAAGGAACCCCUCCCAAUAAAAGUUCUUUUCACAUGCAUCGGUCUCUCUGAAGACGAAUUUAAAAUACGUAAAGCGGUUUUUGACAUAAUGUCAGAGAUUCUUCCAGUUUACGAUGGGUGUCUGACUGUUUAUCAUAAGUCAUUAUUGGAUUGGCUGACAUUGAACGGUUAUGAAGAACAUGCAUUCGUUGCAGAUGUUGAUGACGGGAAUAGACGUCUCUGGGGUGCUUGUAAGAAACACUUCUGCGAAAUUGAUGCUUUGAAGUCUGUUUUAGAAUUUCAAAUUUCACCCGAGAUUAUUUUUUCAGGCGAAUUCUUUGUUCGUACCGUUCUAAACUUUCCAAAGAUAUUUAUUGGGGCCUCAUUCAACACGUUUGUUUAUCCGAAAUGGUACAAGUUAGCUCUGGGACUUAUGAAAAAGAUCGUUGUUACGCAUAUUUGCAAGCACUCGCUAAUGGAUACUUUGAUUUUUCACAAGAUGCCUUCAAUUCCAAAAGUGCAGCUAGGAAUAUCUUGGCUGCGACAAAUGAGAUUUGGAUAGAAUAUGUGAAAACUGAAAGCAAU